UCUCAAACCCGUCUCUCCGCAGCUUCUCUCUUCGAAUUUCCAGUUCCGGCCUCCCAAGGGCGGAGACAAGCUAGGAAUUAUGCGGCUAUCGGUCGCAGCCGCCGUCUCCCAUGGCCGCGUAUUCCGCCGACUGGGCCUUGGUCCGGAGUCCCGCAUCCACCUGUUGCGGAACUUGCUUACGGGACUUGUGCGACACGAACGCAUCGAGGCGCCAUGGGCGCGCGUGGACGAGAUGAGGGGCUACGCCGAGAAGCUCAUCGACUAUGGGAAGCUGGGAGAUACCAACGAACAAGCCAUGCGCAUGGCUGACUUCUGGCUCACGGAGAAAGACUUGAUCCCCAAGCUGUUUCAAGUACUGGCCCCUCGGUACCAAGGUCAGAAUGGGGGCUACACGAGAAUGCUGCAGAUCCCAAAUCGGAGUAAGCAGGAUCGGGCCAAGAUGGCAGUGAUCGAGUAUAAAGGGAACUGCCUCCCACCCCUGCCCCUGCCUCGCAGAGACAGCAACCUUACACUUCUAAACCAGCUGCUUCAGGGCUUGCGGCAGGACCAGAAAGCAAGCGUCCACAGCUCCCACACAGCUCAAACACCAGGGAUUUAACUGGAGCCAAAGGGUGUAUAGCACCCUCAUCAGUGCCCAUGCUCACAGUAAUCUCUAAGAAAAACUGGAGCUAGAGUCAUUAACGGACAGUCUUCAUGGAAAAGUUUCUGGGGAACCAGAUAAAUCAUCUCUUUGCACAGUAGAUAAAAUUCAUCAUAUGAAUGUAUGUAUGUAUGUAUAUAUUUUUUUUCCUCUCCUUGGGAUUUCUGGAGAAUGAGAACUAUCCAAAUGCUCAGUCUCCUUGGGUUAGUGAAUUCACUGCUUAUGUUUCUGGCUCUUCAUUUGGGUUGUUUGGUUAGCACAGUUUUGUUUUUCCUAAUGCCAGUUUAUAUGGGGCACGUAUCCUAUAAUUCCAAACUGGCCUCCAAAGGUGAAUGAGUUUUGACAUCUAGCAUAGAGAUUGAGCCCCUAGGAUUUCUUAGAGAAAGAUUACUCCCUGACAGGGACCUAGAAUUGAACACCUAGAAUUGAACCUUCCAUAAUAAUCUGAUACUUUGGGAAACUUCAAGAAACACUACAACUAUUCCUCUGUUUCUAGGCAGGAUCACAUAUUACCCCCAUGUGUUCCCCUCAGCCCUGAAUAGACCUUAGAGGACAGGACCUGAGAACUCGGAUGUACUACCGUCCUGGCCAGCGUCAGUGGAAGCAUUCAGUAAAGGAUAAGCCCCUUCCUCUUGGAGUUGGGGGUGGGGGAAUAAAGGAGAUGGUUGAAGUAGGAGAAGGAUUAGGAAGUUAAAUGUGCUGGGAAUUUCCUGGAAGCUUUUAUUGUUGUCAAAUCUGGGCUUCUCUGGGAAUUCAGAGAAGGGAAAUCCGGCUUCCGAAUGGCCACGGCAUAGGAGAAGUGGGAAGCUCCUUUAUAUCCACUAAUUAUUGUGAACCCAGACUUAGCCCAGCCAGGCUCCCCAUUCCUCAGGCUCAAAGGUUUGACCAGGGUAGUAGUCAUGGGAAGACUUGUAACUAUCAUUCCUGCCUGAAACACUUGACAGCAAGGCCUGACAAUUCCUGUUUCUCUAGCACAGUGAAAAGAAGAAAUUUUAUCUUAGGCUGGACCUUCAGAGUGUAAUUGGCUUGCUGAACCUAACCAUUGUCAGAAAAUAAGGUGAGGGUCGAAGGGGUCACUGAUCUAGUGACAGAGCUCUAGGCUAUGUCACUGCAGCCGCUCUAGGCUUAAAAUUCAUCUGCUCCCAACAGGGUUCUUCCAUCUCUUUCCCACUAAUUUGUCCUUCACACUAUUGCCAGAAAGCUCUUUCUGACAUGUUUUUAGUGGCAUAUCAUAGAUACACAAAGCCUUUUUUCAAUAAACCUACAAUUCUGAAUGCUUCCCCCAAAUUCACCCCCUUCCUAUCCUCUUGGCAUGAACAUUCAUUCACCUCACCUAGAUAUCUUGGAGUAAUCCCCAACUCCUAGAGAAAGUACUUUCUUUAGAAUUAAAACCGCAUCUGUUAAGUAUUAUCACAGGUGGGUUAUGGCUGGACUCUACUAGCUUUUCCUCUCAGUCCCCAGAAACAGACCUCCCCUUGGGGCUUUCAACAGUUCCUGAGCAUCUAAGCAUCUGCUACUAUCUAGCAUCAUUUUAGUCCCUAGGGAUACAAUCUUGAUCAACUGUUUGGUAUAUGUCAGGCCCUAGGCUAGGUACUAAGGAUAUAGAGGUGAGAAGAAACAACCUUUGCCGUCAAGGAACUCACAAUCUGAAGUGCCACUUCUGCUGCCACGAAGGCCUCAGGGACAGUGCAUCUUUAAUAUUUUGGCCCAUAAAAGAAUACAUGAGUCCUAGAACACUUACUAAAGGCUCAGGGAUAACACAAGGGAAAUAAACAACAACACAUCCGUUUUCUAAUCUGGCCUGUAAAUAAUUUUUUUUCACCUCGGUGGAAUAUGCCCUCAAAAUCCAUCUAAGUACCUCUUUAAUAAAUUCCAAACCCUCAAGAGAGGGGCCCAGAUAAACUGGAGUUCCCUCUUUACUUUCACAGGUUCUCUGUCUUGGGCCCCAGUUCUUUAUGGCAAGGUUGACAGCUAUGCCCACUUCUUUCAAAAAAUGACAAGUGUACUCCAGCUUCACCAAACCAGUGACGUAAUGUAGUACAGCCCAGUAUCCAAAGGAGACACUACAAAAGCCAGGCACUGCUUACUUACACAUAUUCUAUAGUCAAAUGAACAAGUCUUGUUGCUUUUAUUUCCAUAAUGUUUCUAAAAUCUGCAGUCAUCUCUCCCUAGUCUGAAAUCUAAGACAUCUCUAGCUCAGAUUACUGCAAAAGCCUCCUUCCUAACUUGCCUCCCUCCACACUGCAGAUGAAGUAAGAGAAAUGUGAUGUUUUAAUUCUCUGAUGAUCUACAGUGCCUCCUCCUUUCCUAUGGGGAAAGAAUCCAGGUUCCUUACCAUGGUCCCCUUGGUGACCAGGCAUCUGUUCACUGCUCCAUUUCCCUCCCUUGCCUCCAAUUUUAUGUUCAGGAAGCAUGGAAGUCCUUAUUUUGACUUUCCCUGUGCAGAGCUCCCCUUAUUACCUUUUGUUCAUGCAGUCUCUACCACCCAGAGAACUCUCCCCCUUUUACCUGCCUAACUUGUACAUGGACUUUUGGCAUUGGGGUGGCUCCUCUGACCAUCCCCACACCUAAGUUCCUUGCUUUGUGAACCUAGGUGUUGCUACAAUAUUUCUGUAAUGCCCUGAAUUUACCACGUUGCACUCUAGUUCCCUACAGCUACAGCAGUUGGUUCCCAAACAUGCAUUAGUCAAAGGUAGUCCUAGUAUUUCCAUUCCCUUGCUGUUAAUGGGCUCAGCGAUGGACAGGCCUAAACUAAUUUGAAGCAGUAAGAAUCCGGUCUCUACUGUGCUUGAUAAGAAUAAGGUAGCAUGUUAUUGUGAGUGCCAUAACUGGCUUUAGUCUGAAGAUAACACGGAAUGGUAGGUCAGAACAACUAAGAGAAACUAUGUAGUAAUAAUCUUUCGUGAUUCUUCCCACUUGCCCUGGGUUUUCUGUUAAUUGCUACCAAAACUAAUCUGAUAUAUUGAUUUGUACCACUGAGCCUUUAGUGUUUCUCAAAAAUGCUUUACUAUGACCCACAGAUCAAAAAAUAUUUUACAUCAGAGUACUAUUCACAUAUAUGUAAUUGAAGCAAAAGCAUCACAAAAUAUUAUUUACCUUCACAAAUAUGAUGCACACUGAUAUUGUCAAGUCUUUUCUUGUUACUUUUUUAAAAUGCUGGUGCCAGUUCACUAAAAUAACUUUUACAACUAACGGUUUAUAACCUGUGUUUUGAAAAACACUGAUCUGAACCAAUAUUACAGUGACUCACCAUUGCCUUUGUUGGAUAAAAUCCAGACUUCUAUCGUGACACAAAGGCAUUCGAUGGCCUGGCCCAGCCGCCUCUCAGCCUCUUCUACCACUAUUUGCUAUCCUUCCUAGGAAAUUGCUUCUGCUCUGAAUAUACCAUACCUUUGUGCACGAGGCUUCUACUAUAGCUUGCCUCCUUUCACGUUACUUCUUACUAAUCAUGUGAUUCUCUCCUCAGAAGUCACUUUUUUGAGGCUACCUCCAAACUUCACACAACCCUCCAAACAGAACUAGGUUCCUCCUUGUGUGAGUUACAGUCUUCUGGGCAUAUGCCUAUCAAAGUGCCUGUCUGCUUCACUGACUCCACUCAGUGGAGCUCCCAAAGCCGGGAACUAGGACUCAAAUCUGCUGGAUAACUCUUCCUACCAUAGGACCUGAUUCAUAAUAUGCUUAUUAAGUGAGGAGGAGUGAGCCAUAUGUUAUCCAUGACAUUCAACUCGAUAGCUGAGCUUGACAAAACCAAUAAACAUGGUACUAUGCAGGCACAGUGCUAAGCUACACUGCUGGAAAUACCAA